CUGCAACUAGUCCAAAAAUUAUAACUCCACAACUCCAUUACGUUACUUACUUUCACUGUAGACUCUCCGGAGUCUGCUUCUUUCUUCUCUCUCUUUUUUUUUUUUUUUAAUUUUUUCUCAAAAGAAUAAAAAAAAAAUCUGUAUAGAGAAACCCAAAUCUCUAAUUCUCAUUCUUUAUAUUCAUCUGUAUACAAAGCAUUCAAGUCAGGUAUAGAAAGGGAAAAGGCGAUUGCUUUUGAGGAGGGAGUGGGGUCAAAUUGUCAAUGGUGAACAUGUCAAAGGGCAGCGUGUUCAUGUUUCUGCUGCUGUUUUUUGGUUCUUGUGUUUUUUCUUCUGUUACAGCUUCUGUGUCUUAUGACCAUAAAGCUAUUACCCUCAAUGGGCAGAGAAGAAUUCUUAUUUCUGGUUCUAUUCACUAUCCAAGAAGUACUCCUGAGAUGUGGCCGGAUCUUAUACAGAAGGCCAAAGAUGGAGGUUUGGAUGUCAUAGAAACAUACGUUUUCUGGAAUGGACAUGAGCCUACUCCUGGGAAUUAUUAUUUUGAGGAUAGGUAUGAUCUUGUCAAGUUUGUCAAGCUGAUAAAAGAAGCAGGACUUUAUGCUCAUCUUCGGAUCGGACCUUACAUUUGCGCUGAGUGGAACUUCGGGGGAUUUCCUGUUUGGCUAAAAUAUGUUCCUGGAACUGAAUUUAGAACCGACAACGGUCCAUUCAAGGCGGCAAUGCAAAAGUUCACAGAGAAGAUUGUCAGCAUGAUGCAGUCAGAAAAGUUGUUUGAAACUCAGGGAGGUCCAAUAAUUCUUUCUCAGAUAGAAAAUGAAUUUGGACCGGUGGAAUGGCAAAUUGGUGCACCUGGUAAAGCUUAUACAAAAUGGGCAGCUGAGAUGGCAGUGGGUCUUGGUACUGGGGUACCAUGGGUAAUGUGCAAGCAAGAUGAUGCUCCUGAUCCUGUUAUUAACACCUGCAAUGGAUUCUACUGUGAAAAUUUCAAACCAAACAAAGAUUAUAAACCCAAAAUGUGGACAGAAAACUGGACUGGAUGGUACACAGAAUUUGGUGGUUCAGUUCCUUACAGACCAGCAGAAGAUUUAGCAUUUUCAGUUGCAAGGUUUAUACAGAAUGGUGGUUCAUUUGUAAACUAUUAUAUGUACCAGGGAGGAACUAAUUUUGGCCGGACUGCUGGCGGUCCAUUCAUUGCUACUAGCUAUGAUUAUGAUGCCCCUAUUGAUGAAUAUGGACUACCAAGGGAUCCAAAGUGGGGACACUUGAGAGAUUUGCAUAAAGCCAUCAAGUUAUGUGAACCUGCUUUAGUCUCUGUAGAUCCCACAGUAACAACUCUUGGGAGUAAUCAAGAGGCUCAUGUGUUCAAUUCAAAGUCAUCCUGUGCAGCCUUCUUGGCAAACUAUGACACAAAGUAUUCUGUGAAAGUGACCUUUGGCAAUGGGCAAUAUGACCUGCCACCUUGGUCUAUCAGCAUUCUCCCUGAUUGUAAGACUGCAGUUUUUAACACUGCAAGGCUUGGUGCCCAAAGCACACAAAUGAAGAUGACACCUGUUGGCAGUGCAUUUUCUUGGCAAUCAUACAUUGAAGAAGCUGCUUCUGCUUAUACUGAUGAUACAACUAGACUGGAUGGAUUGUUGGAGCAAAUAAAUAUCACGAGGGAUGCUACAGAUUAUCUGUGGUAUAUGACAGACGUCAAGAUAGAUCCCGAUGAAGGAUUUUUGAAAAGUGGACAGGAUCCCAUCCUCACAAUAUUUUCAGCUGGGCAUUCUUUGCAAGUUUUCAUCAAUGGUCAACUCUCAGGAACUGUGUAUGGGUCAUUAAACGAUCCUAAGUUAACAUUUAGCCAGAAUGUGAAGUUGAUAGAUGGUAUUAACAAGAUUUCUUUGUUAAGUGCUGUCGUAGGUCUACCGAAUGUUGGCCUGCACUUUGAAAGCUGGAAUGCUGGAGUUCUAGGCCCAGUCACAUUGAAGGGUUUAAAUGAGGGGACAAGGGACUUAUCAGGGUGGAACUGGUCUUACAAGAUUGGUCUUAAAGGUGAAGAAUUAAACCUUCAUACUGUUACUGGGAGUUCAUCUGUUGAUUGGAUGGAAGGAACUGUAUUGGCUAAAAAACAACCAUUAACAUGGUACAAGACUACUUUUGAUGCACCAGAAGGCAAUGAGCCCUUAGCUUUAGAUAUGAGUAGUAUGGGAAAAGGUCAGGUAUGGGUAAAUGGUCGAAGUGUAGGACGCCACUGGCCUGGAUAUAUAGCUCGUGGUAGUUGUGGCGAUUGUAACUAUGCUGGAACUUUUGAUGAUAAGAAAUGCAGAAGUAAUUGUGGAGAGCCUUCCCAGAGAUGGUACCACGUUCCUCGCUCGUGGGUGAACCCAAGUGGGAAUCUAUUAGUUGUGUUUGAAGAAUGGGGUGGUGAUCCAAGUGCAAUUUCUUUGGUCAAAAGAAGUACAGGAAGUGUUUGUGCUGAUAUCUUUGAAGGACAGCCGUCAUUGAAGAACUGGAAGAUGAUAGCAUUGGGAAAAUUUGACCACCUCCAACCCAAAGCCCAUUUAUGGUGUCCUUCAGGGCAGAAGAUCUCUCAAAUUAAGUUUGCUAGCUAUGGAAUGCCCCAGGGGACUUGUGGAAGCUUCCGAGAGGGUAACUGUCAUGCCCACAAGUCAUAUGAUGCUUUUGAAAAGAAGUGUGUUGGAAAGCAGUCUUGUUCAAUAACAGUGGCUCCAGAAGUGUUUGGAGGAGAUCCCUGUCCUACUAGUUUAAAAAAGCUGUCAGUUGAAGCUGUUUGCAGCUGAAUUCUCAUAUUACUUCAUCUUUAUUGCAUAAACAAUUUUUACACCAUUUAUAAGAUUUGAAGAAGCAUUCUAGAUAGCCAUGGAGACGGAAUUCGCUGCCAGAGGCAGAAGCAUAAAAACAUACUGCAAACAAGUUGGGCGAAGCCAAAUGUUGAUUGUGAAGGUGCCUCAUGUACAUAAACAAGCUAUUAUUUAUGCUUAAAUCAUACAUACUUAGCCUUAUUAUACUAUGAAAAAAUUUUAGUCCUCGUGUAAGCAUUUAGCUUGCUGGGGUUUCAAGUUUCAACCAUGUGAAGCAUUUUUGGUGCUUUUCCUUUGUAAGAAUAAAUGGAAGAGAAUAAAGGGAAUUUCUUUUUUUUUA